GAGCAAAAUGGACAGAGUGGGAAUUUUAAACACAGUCCAGUCGGUGCUGCUGCAGGCGGCCGCCAUGUCGCCUUCACACGCUUCGGCUUUACUUUUUGCGAUGCGCGUUUGAGUGACACACACCACUGCGAGUAUGUCCAAGUUUGGCCUGCGUGCGUGUGCGUGUGUGUGUGUGUGUGUGCGUGCGUGCGUGUGUGUGUGUGCCGUGCAGAGCCGUUUCGCCUGAUCGAGACAGCCACCUAGCUACUGUUAGAUGAAGUUUCAGUCGAAAAUAAAUAAAUAAAUAACUACGCCGUUUUAUUUUCUUUACAUGUCCAUCAGGUGAAAUGACAGAAAGGUCAGUAAGAGAGUAUUACUGAGAGGUCAGUGGGCGUUUCUCUCUCCUGUGUUACUGUGAACUUCAGUGUGUGUGUGUGUCCAGCUGAUUUCAGGGGACGGCAGAGCAAGCACCUUCAAAAAGAAGCUUAUUUAUUUAUGCAGUCAUUAUCAACUUGUAAAUAAAGGUAGAUAUGAAGACUGAAGGUUUUUUUUAUACAGAUUUGAAAGGUUUUUUUUUUUAAAUUAGAAUAGAAUAUAACACAUUCACGUUUAUUUUUUUAUAGACAGAAAUCCUCUUCGGUCACCACACAUACUGACCUUUUACAAUAAAAUGCACUAUAGCUGUCAGGAAUGCAGAAUAAAACAGGCAGUCAUAGUGAGGAGUCAUGAAGUACACAACUUUAAUUAUUGUGGAGAGCAGUAGUGGUCAGUGAGUGGGCGCUGGGAAGAGUAGUGGUCAGUCAGUGGGUGUUAGGAAAAGUAGUGAUCAGUGAGCCAGCAAUGGGAACAUCAGUGAUGAGUAAUUAGGUGUUGGGAACAGUAGUGAUUGUCUGUUGGGAACAGUCUUGAUGAGUGCCUGGGUGCUGGGAAUAGUAGUGGGCAGUGAGUGGGCAUUGGGAACAGUAGUGAGUAGUGAGUCAGCAAUGGGAACAGUAGUGAUGAGUAAUUGGGUGUUGGGAACAGUAGUGAUGAGUGAUUGGGUGUUGGGAACAGUAGUGAUCACUGAUUGGACAGUAGGUGAUGAGUGAUUGGGCAUUGAGAGCAGUAGUGAUGAGUGAUUGGACAUUAGGGACAGUAGGUGAUGAGUGAUUGGGCAUUGGGAACAGUAGUGAUGAGUAAUUGGGUGUUGGGAACAGUAGUGAUCACUGGACAGUAGGUGAUGAGUGAUUGGGCAUUGAGAGCAGUAGUGAUCAGUGACUGUUGGAAAUGGUUGUAAUAAGUGAUUGGGCACUAGAAGCAGCAGUGAUUGUCUUUUGGGAACAGUAGUCAUGAGUGAUUGGACAUUGGGAACAGCAGUGGUGAACAAUUGGACAUUGGGAACAGUAGUGAUGAGUAAUUGGACAUUGGGAACAGUAGUGAUGAGUAAUUGGACAUUGGGAACAGUAGUGAUGAGUAAUUGGACAUUGGGAACAGCAGUGGUGAACAAUUGGACAUUGGGAACAGUAGUGAUGAGUAAUUGGACAUUGGGAACAGUAGUGAUGAGUAAUUGGACAUUGGGAACAGUAGUGAUGAGUAAUUGGACAUUGGGAACAGUAGUGAUGAGUAAUUGGACAUUGGGAACAGUAGUGAUGAGUAAUUGGACAUUGGGAACAGUAGUGAUGAGUAAUUGGACAUUGGGAACAGUAGUGAUGAGUAAUUGGACAUUGGGAACAGUAGUGAGGGAUUUAAUAUUUAUCAUUGUUCAGUGAUUAUUAUUAUUAUAUUAAUAUGAAGAUAAUAAUAUCUUUCACCAUAGGCAUGUGGAAGAGUCCUGAAAUGGUUAAAACAUGUUGAUAAAAAAUAAAUUAGAAAGAACUGAACAAUAUUUUGUUUACAUUUUUAAUCACUGUGUUCAAUAGCAUAUGUUACUUUAUAUUUUAUUAAUGAUGUAUUGCGAUUUCUGUUGAAUAUUUCAUGCUUUCAGGGCAGCACACACUUGCAUGACAAAUUCAUUCAGGCACACAAUGAGUGAACUGUGAUGUACAGUAUAUUGUGAAAAGUAAAGAAAUAUAUUGUUUAUUUUCAUGAUACCAUGGUAAUAAAUGAUUGUGAUAAUGUAAAAUAUCUCUACCUCACAUCUGCUGUAGCCUGAUGCCACGCCUGCAUGCAGUCCACCAUUUUUAAUAUCUUUAUGUCAAAAAGUCACAGUUUCUCAACACUCCCUGGUCCAGUAACAGAACAGGAACACAGACUCAGAUAUGCACGUGUAUGGUCAGAUCUCAGCCUGUGGGCAUGUCUCUCGCACCGAAUGCAAUGUUUACCAGCCUGGUGUUGAACUCGUGGGCUUCCCAAACCAUUACGGUACUGGGGGACCAGUUGUACAGUGAGUAGAAAGGAUAGCCACCCAUACCCCAACGCCUUCAAAGCCAUGCACAGCAAGAACCAAACCGAGAUCAGACCAGGUGACAUCUCUUCUAGUCUACAGCUUUUUCAUCAGCAAGAGAGGAGACACGGUUCUUCAAGUGGUUCACGGGCCCCUCUGGUUCCUCUGAAGGCUAAGAUGUCUCUGAGUCAGAGUGACCUCGAGCCUCUGCCAUUUCGUGUGCCUCGCGACUAUCCGCACUCUCGCUUCAACAAAGCCCCUCUCGCCGUCUAUCCGCCCAAAGGAGCCCGAACAAAAGCCUGUGUUUCCUUACCCGUGGUGAGUCUGGAGAAGAUGCCUUGUUUCAGCCGCUCAGAGGGAGCGCAAAUCAAAGUCAGCUCUACUCCAUCCACAGUUGGGUCGUCUCUUCCUGUCCAGUCUUCAUCCUCUGCGUCUUUCUCGCCAUCCUCCUCUUCCCUAAAGUCCACCCAUGCAUCACCAGCAUCUUGCAGGAAUCAGGAAAAGCUUGUGAAUGGUCGGGGCAGCGUAACCCCGCGCUCCACCACACCCCCGUUAUUGACUGACAGGCGGCCGAGCCCGUCACGGUCGUCUCCCUUGGACAAGCGGCUCACCAUGUCUCCCUCCUCACAGGAAAAAAGACCUGCUACAUCUCCUUCUCUGUCCUCAGUGGACAGGAGACCUGCUGUCUCACCGUCUUCGACCGAGCGAAAGCAUCUGAACGGAGCAAAGAGCAGCAGUCAUAGGAGAGUUUCAGGUCGAGUCUAUGAUCCGAAUAAACACUGUGGAGUCCUAGAUCCAGAGAGCCAGCGGCCUUGCACUCGGUCUCUUACGUGCAAGACCCACUCUUUGACUCAUCGUCGUACAGUCCCAGGUCGGAAGAAGGACUUCGAUAUUCUUCUGGCUGAGCAUAAGAACCGGGCUAAGGAGAAAGACGCAGGGCAAAAGAGGGACGCAGCGAGUGGCCAGGCAGCUCAGUCGACCCAGCCCCUCAGUCCUCCUUCCAGCACACCUUCAGUCUGUCACAACGGCAAGACCACUCCUACUCUCAAGCUGCGUCUGGCCAGCACACACAUACAGAGAGGUUCUGGUGGUGGGGGUGCAGUGGUGCUCAGUUCCACAACUCUUCCUGCCACUGAUACAAUACCCAGCUGCCAGAGAUACGGUGGUGAUGUUCAUGAAUCCAGCGAUGAGGCGGAAGCUGAGUUUGCUGAGGAACUGGAGAAAACGUCAUGUCAUUACUCCUCUUACCACCCACGACCCAUUAGUUGGUGCGCCUUCAGCAGCCGGUUGAUGGGUCAGGGUCACUACGUGUUUGACAGACACUGGGACAGGGUGAGGCUUGCGCUGCACUGCAUGGUGGAGAAGCAUGUCAAUGCUCAGAUGUGGAGGAAAGUCCCUCUAGCGGCAGACAGCGUGCCUAGCAUGUCUGAUUCAUCGCCUCUGAGCAUGACCCUUCUCCAUAGCCCCGCUCCACAGCUUGACCCUAUUUCCACGAUGUCCUGCUCCACCCCUUUCUCCCAGAAUGGCACCAGAAUUUUCUGCCUCCAGGAAUCCAAAGUGCAGCUGAAUAAAACAUCCAAGUCAUUAAAACCCUCUGCAGAAGGGCUGUUGUUGAAAAAGCACAAGCCACCUCCAGUUGCUGAGAAGAGGAAUGGGAGUGGUUACCAUCUCUCAGGCCCUGCGCCCAUCAGCAACGGCACAGCGGCCCUGAGCAUGCGGUCCAAACCGAGCCAGCCGGGGGCAAGUCAGGGCCUGAGCAACACGGACAGAUACACCAGCAUCGAGCUAAACCUGCCACAGGCGCCAAAAGCCAAUCACGGGGCAGUUUUGUCCCAAAGCCUGUUGCCGUGCGGAUCCACAGAGGGACGCAAACGCAAAACCUCGGGCUCUGAGCGAGCUGGCAAAGUGACCAAAACAAUGGUGCACAAUGAAAUCUUCCAGAAGAACAGCACUGCUUUGCUGUCGACAGCCGCUGAGGCGUCCCACAGCGCCCUCUCCAGACUGUCCAAGGUGCAUCAGUGACACUGGCUGAGGUGGAACAAGUAAAGCAGCUUCGCAUCAGUGACCUUUAACCCCUCUCUCUCUCUCUCUCUUAUCCACACGGUGGUGACCUUUAACCUGCCUUGGCCUGCAUGCAGCGCCGUCACCCCCGUGGCCCCUGUGGAGCCCAUCGCACUGUGUGUGAGGGUGUGUGCCUGAGCACCCUGACUGUUCACUGACAAAACCUCUGUGUUUAGGUACAGCAGCUAGUCGUCUACAUAACAGCAGUUUAAAGAAAACAUAAAUCCUGCCGUUUCCUUCUGGUCACCUGUCACAGGAAGCACACGCCGACGCAGACGUGACUUUUUGUACAUCGUACAUCAACUCUACGUUGUUGUUUUUUUUUUCAUGGCAGCAUGGGAAGCAUAAGAUUAAAGACAAAUGGUUGGAUGUGAUUGCGUCAGUGUGUGCUGGAAGAGCGAGGCAGGAUCUUCAGACUUGACCGGAUCUAAAGUGCACUUAGUGUCCUUUCAUGCCUGGACUGUGCACCAGGCUGCUGAGGAGAAAAACAAAACAAAACAGACAAACAAAAUAAAGCGUUUCACCAAGGGAAUAUUUUAUAAAUGCUUUUUUUUUUUUUUUGGCAAGCUGUAUUUUUCUAAAGAGGGUGAAUUCAGGUUUUUGAGUAUUUUUGGAGUUCUUCUGUACACCAGUGUUCAGGACUCCAAUCCAAGUUGGAAAGCAAACUAGCAUAGUGUUCAAUUUUGUAUAAUAAUUUAUCCUGCAUAUUAAUUUUCCUAACUUACCUGGCUUCUGGCAUUGCUCAAAGGUAUAUUUGUAUGUCAUUAUAAAAAAAUUAAGUAUUAUUAUAAUAGACACCUUAUUGUUGGAAAUAUGAGUGCAUAUCUGUUUAUUUUUUUUUGUUGUUGUUUUUUUUAAUAUUUAUUAUUAGUGUCUUUCAGCUCUUAGGCUUCUAGAAGCUUCCGUCUUCCCCGAGCUUCAGAUGGUUCAUAGAAAACAAAUAACUCAUUUUUCCCCUCCUUCUUCUUUGUCCUGAGUGACCUCAGCUCUUGUGUGAUAUUAAGAGGCGCUCAAACGCACAAAAUCACAAUGAGGAAAAGGCUUCUGUGAUUCUCCAGAACAGAUUGUUACAGCCCUGAGACACCGGAGAGGAGAAUCUGAGAUAAACCAGUUCUCCAUAACAUUUUAACAUCAUGUUUAAAGUGAACUUCUUCCCCGUGGUGAACUCUGACCCUGUUACAUUUACACUCUGUGACGGAGUUGUUUUUGUCCCUUUUUGGUGCAUAUGAAAAUGUUUGUGUGUAGAAACACGGCCAUCUCUGUGCAUUUUCCACUUUAUUCCCAAUUUGAUUUGAUUCUUUCACCAUGACAGAUUUUAAAUGUUUAAUAAGAUUCAUAUGUAUUUAGUACAAGUCUUUAUAUAAUAAUACUUUAUUAUUAUUAUUAUUAUUAUUAUUAUUAUUAUUAUUAUUUAGUUCUGAACCUGUACCUGUUGUAUUGUUAAGAUCAGGAUUUCUAGUCACCUUAAACUCACCUUUAAUGUCACUCAUCAUCAUCAUCAUCAUCAAUCUCAUUUUCUUUUUCUUUGUCUACUUCGAUCUCAUUUUUUCUUCUUCUUCUACUUCUAUCUCAGUUCUUCUUCUUCUUCUAUCUCAUUUCUUUUUCUAUCUCAUUUCUUUUUCUUCUUCUUCUUUGUCUACUUCUAUCUCAGUUCAUCCUCCUCUUCUUCUUCUCAUUGUAUUGUUAAGAUCAGGAUUUCUAGUUCACCUUAAACACACCUUUAGCGUCACUUAAAGCUUUGAUUCUUUUUUUUCUCCCACUAAGUCACAGAAAUGUUCUUUAUAACAUGAAUGCUUUUGUGAAGAAGACAAUUUGUACCAAUUCCCCUGUUUUUUUUUUGCACUUUUGUCUGAACAGGAAUUUAAUAUGUUUCUAUUUAUAAAGGUAUAAUGAGGCAUCUAAUGAGGAAAAGGCAGAGAUAUGUGUACAGUUCUGUCAGUAACAGCCAAUACUGUGUAAGGACAUGUGUAACUGUGUGAUCCGCAAUGCCAUAACACAGAUCCCCGCCUACCGCGCGGGGGAGGAACUCGCCCUGUAUCUGUGUCGUUAUUGCCCUGUUUUGCCUUGCUGCUAUGCAAAACCCGCCAGAGCUCGAACCCUAACCCCGCGCAGCUCGCUCUUUUCCUUCCUGAUGGUGUACCGUGUGCUUCCACAGAGGACUCAGGAGAGCGCUCAGUGAGCGAACGAGGUUCACAAAGUUCUGCAGAUCUUCUUCCACACUGUGGGAUGAGAGAACUGUGAGGUGAAGAGAAAGUUGUUGUCUCUGUUAGGCCAGUGCAGUGACCAGUGCUCUCACUGCCACAGGGUUCAGAGAACAUUUACACAAAUCAGAAGUGAUUCAUGAGCUGGAUGAUGAGGCAUAGUGCUGUAACUGCUCCAGGACAUCUCCAAGAUCAACCUCACAGUACUGAAUCCAGCUCAGAGUCAGGAGGAAGGGGGUUUCUAAAGAACGUUCUUAAGGAAUGUCUGAUCUUUAACUCUUUAACUGUUCCAUCACCUGCUCCAUCAUCUUAUUUCUUCUUUUAAUUCUGUUUUCUAGCUCAUCAUCAUCUUCUUCUUCUUCUUCUUCUUCUUCUUCUAGCUCAUUUUCUUCUUUUCCCUUCUUAGUCUUCUUUUCUCUUCUUCUUCUUCUUCUUCUUCUUCUUCUUCUUCUUCUUCUUCUUCUUCUUUUCUCUUCUUCUUCCUCUUCUUCUUCUUCUUUUUCUCCUUCUCUUCUUCUAUCUCAUCUUCUUCUCUCUUCUUCUUCUUCAUCAUCAUCUUUUUUUAGCUCAUUCUUUUGCUUUUAUCACUUCUUCUUCAUCAUCAUCUUCUUCUUCUAUCUCAUCAUAUUCUUCUAUUUAUUUUCUUCUUCCUCUUUUUCCUGGUGUAGGCUUUGCCUUUUGCAGCAGGUUUAGCAGGACACUAUUGAUCUAUUUAUUGAUAUUGCACUGUCCUGUGUCUCAGACAUGUCCAUCACAGUGCCUGCUGAACGUUCCUCCUCUCAGUCACCCUGAGCAGCAGCAGUGCAGUGGUCCUUGCACACCGCCACAGAGACCUCCAAUUUUCUUUCUCUGUAAGUGAUUUUGAUUAGAAAUUAUUCUCAGGAUUAAAAUAUGUGA